AUGAUGAGUCAACAUCACCCACAUGCAUCGACUUUCAACGCAGGAGCGGAGCGAGGGCCUGCUCACGGGGCCGGGGCUCCACCUCGAGGCUCGGCGGCCCACUCGGGCGACCUCGACUGGGACUCUCUUGGAGGCAUGCGACGCGUCACAGGCGCCCCCGCGGCCAACUCGUGUGCUCCGACUGCUGGGCUCUCGCUGAAUCCGCCGACCCAGGAGACAGUGCAUGCGGGAGGCGCUGAGGACCUGACCCGCGGGCCCGCCGCGCCGUCGCCCCCCAUCAUGUACCACCACGUGCCUGCCUCGCAGGGCAUGAUGGGCGCUAACGGCCCCCACUCCCACGCGAACGCUGGCCCCGUGCUCCACGGAAACGUCUACGCGUCGCCAGUGUACAACAACUAUUACGGACCCGCGCCCGGAUCCGGUUUCGUGGGGGGCGUCUAUCCGGGCUACCCCGGCGGGGCGGCUGGCGGCCACGCGAUGCACAACUACCCGGGACCAGGCAAGUACGGUCACUACAACUCGGGGAUGAACGGGUCGUACUCCGGAAGCCCCGCGAGCGGGCCUGGUCUCGUGGGGCACGCGCCGGGCGCCACCGGCGGGCCGGGGGGCGUGAGCCCCGCGCUGCAUCCGGCUUCGCCGGGAGGCGAGCGAGGCGGAAAGAGCUUUGUGCGGCGCGGCGAGGGCCGGAAUGUGAAUCGCGGGCGAGGAGACGCGAAUGCGGUCUUCCCGCCGCCGGUCGACGGCGGAAACGCGGGGUUCGCCAACUCGCGGAACCAAGGCGCGGGCAAGCGAAACGAGGGCGGAGUGUACCGAGCGGGGCACAGUCGGGGCAACACAGGAAGACGAAUGGAGCGUGGCCGCGGCGAGCAGGCGGGCGUCGGGGCGUGGGGCUCCGGCGACGAAGGCGACAACCGCGAUGCCGUGGACGAGGACGCGAACGCAGCCGUCACUGCACAGAACGCCCGGGGCCUUCUCGCGCCCCGCCAGGGCUUGCAGAGCCGCAACGCAAGCGCCCCGACGGGCGAGGAACGUGACGGAUUCGUGCAGGCCUCAGACACUUCCGCGUCACUCUUGGCUGACGACGGCAAGAAGAGGACGGAGCAGCCCCGCGUGGAACCGCGGGCUGAGCAGUCGCCGCCGAAGGAAGCGCGCGACGACGGAUGGGACGAUGACGGCUUUGGCGGCGGCGUGUCUAUGGUGGACAUCAACGAGAUUCGCAACAAGCACGCGCAGCUCGCCAACAAGGCACCGAGUGCGCCGCGCGCGGCGGCGCCUCUGCCGUCGAUGGGUGAGCCGAAGACCGCAAGUCAACCGGCCGGGAAGAAGGACGAGAAGAAGGAGAACGCAGACGGUGGAAAGGGCGUGAGUGGGCCAGAAAAGAAGGAAGCGAGUCGCAUGCAGCUGCCGUCCUUUCCUGCCGUGCCCCAGAGCCAGGAAGGCGCGGCGGUGACAGAGAGCAAGAAGGAAGAGGUCAAGAAGGAAGAGGCCAAGAAGGAGGAACCGGCGCCUGUCGCGGAGACGUCGGGUGUCUCGGCACUCGGGAAGCCGGGCGGCGGGGCUUGGCGUCCCCGAAGCCAGAGACAGUUCACGCGCGAAGAAGAACUUGACCGAACCGUGAAGGCGCUGCUGAACAAACUGACGAUUGAGAAGUUCGACACCAUCACGGAAAAACUCGCGCGCACAGUCGAGGGACUGAAGGAGCACAAGGAACUGCAACUGGUUGUCAACGUCGUCAUGGAAAAAGCGGUGACGGAGCCCGACUGGUCGGAGAUGUACGCUGACUUGUGCCAGGUUCUGCAGUGGCGCAGUGUACCGACUGAAGGGACAGAUAUUGAUAACUUCCGCAAGACACCGUUCAUGAAGGCUCUGCUCACGAAAAUUCAGGCUGAGUACGAGGCCAUGCCGAGGACGCUGGAAUCUCGGCUCCGCAGUCUGCCUUCCGGCGAGCUGGACCCCGAGGCUGUCGAAGAAAUGCAGCAGCUGAAGAGAACGAAAAACCGCAUUUUGGGAGUCGUCAAGUUGAUUGGCGAACUGUUUCAGCGAAAAAUCCUCGGCUUCCCGAUCGUCCGGGACGUUGUCGUGGAUCUCGUAAUCAAGAACGAGGAACCCGACGAGCACUUCAUCGAAUGCUUCGUGCAGCUCAUCGCCACCACAGGAUAUUACAUUGACCAAAAUCCAAAGAUGAAGGCGGUUCUCGACUCGUGGUUCGGUCGUCUGACCGAGUUGCAGAAGAAGGCGUGCUAUUCGAAGCGUCUCAAGUGUAUCAUUCAGGACACGUUGGACAUGCGAAAAGCAGAGUGGAGGAAGAAGAUCCACAAAGAGAGAGCAAAGGCUCUCAGCGACCUUCGGGAGCAGUUGGAGACCGAGGAGGUACUGGGAGGCUCAGUGCAUGCGGCGCAGUACGGGAACAUCGUGGUUGUCGGUCAGCGAUCGAAUCUGAAUGGUGCAUACGCAGGUUAUCUGAAAGACCAGCAAGAUACCUUUGAGCGGAAGAUUGCCAAGCUCAGACCUGCGACUGCCCCGACUCCUGGGGGGCCUGGCGCCGGCGUGUCGCCUUACGGGGCGAAUCCUGUGAGACGCUAG